CUGUGGGGUUGUCGUCAUCAAUGAGGGUGAGGCGUGGAUAUGGCGGAGGCGGCUAUGGCGGCGGCGGCUACGGUAGCGGCGGAGGGUCGUACUUGGUCGUCGGCGGCGGCGGCUACAGACAUGGACCAUCAUCCUCCCAGAUCGCCAACCAGGCGGCCUACCACGCCACAGCUGCCGCCGCUGGUCUGGGUGGCGUGGCACACGCUGCAGCUGCCAACGCCGCCCAGGGUGUGGCCAGCGUGGCAGCCAGCGCUGCCAGCAGGGCCAACUACGCAGCCUCCAGCAACUACGCUGCAGCUGCGGAGUUAAGUCAAGCCCUCGGGGCAGCGCAAGCUAAUGCCUUCAGGCAAGGCAGUCAAGCUGCCACAGCAGCCGCAGCCGCCCAGGCUGCAUACGCGCAUAAAGUAUGGGCAUACAACCGCGCAAACUCCCACUACGGAGGCUAUGGGAGCUACGGGGGCUAUGGGGGCUAUGGAGAUAUAGCAUACGCCCGCCAGAACUUCUUCAGCGCAUCGGCGAACGCCGCAGCGCAGGCUGCGGAUGCACACUACGCGCAGAAAGCUGCCAACAACCUACUCCUGCAAAGCUCCCUUGCUAACCACCAGCUUCAGUCCAGCAGAGGUGCAGCUGCCCAAGCUACCGCAGCUGCUACAAAAGCCCUAGCAAAAGCUCACGGUGCAAAUCUUGGCGCAGGAGGCUAUGAUGGUGGCUAUAGUGGAGGCUAUGGUGGAGGCUAUGGUGGCGGCUAUGGUGGCGGCUAUGGUGGAGGCUAUGGUGGCGGCUUCUAUGGUUAAACAAUAAUAAAAAUCUGGUUCAGCUCUGGUGUAUAGUAUGCAAAUUAUGGCACAAAAUACAAUAAUUCUUAUUUAUAGAAAUAUUUAUUGUAUAACAUGCGCUAAACCCGAAUGGGCAUCGUUAUAUCUUG